CGUCAAUAAAUUAGUAAACCAUGUGUAAUAUCCUCAUAUUAUAAUUGUGAUAGUUUAUCGAUGUGAAAUAUCAGAUGAGUGUUAUUAAUAACCUAUGUUUUCGUUUUUAGCAUCAUAAACAAACAGUAGCAUUUGAGGUGCAAGUCAUCCCAUAAUCAUUAAAAGGAAUACAAUUUGACCAAGAUGAUUUUAACAUUGUUAUAUAUGAUAGCAACUUCAAUACAGUCCAGAAGGAUACUGUUUUUAAAAACCCAUUUACGUAAUUUGUUUCAAGGGAAUACAACUCAUUACCCAUCAAUCAUGUUUUAUAAUAAAACACUGUUAGAUUCAUGUAAAGAAUCAAAGUGCGCCACGGAUGAGUGUGAAAAUGACGAGUUUAUGACUUCUUGUCUGUGUUCAAACAAAAGUGAUGCUAAACUCGACGAAUUGUUAUGGUAUCAUGGUGACAUGAGAUUGUGCACUAUAUAUCCACAACAACAGGUUGACAUCUCAAGUUGGUUGACUUAUCAGUAUGGCAGAACAGUUUUCCCCUUGUAUACAAAUAAUUGUAGUGAAACUUUAUUUCAAUCAGAGUACAAACUUUAUAUUCUUGUUGAAGCUGAUCUUCAGAGCUACAAACCCACUGCCGCAGCAAAAGCUACAAAGGUUGAAGAUUAUGGUUUAAUUAUUACUUGGACGGCUAAUAAAAGUAUCGAUUUAAUUAUAGAGACAGAUUUAGAUACGGUCGCAAAAUUUUUAAUCGCAUCGAUGGAAGGUCAAUGUUAUAUUAAUAAUGGCUUGUUGCUGAAACGUAUAGAAACUGUCCUGAUAUCAGGAAAGCCUUGUCUUUAUAACAACGACCUGUUGAAUUCACCAUCAAUUAAAAAUACAGCAGAAUGGGAGAUACAUAUAGAAAAACUAAGAGCACUAAGUAACACUGCCAAGAUAGCAUCAGAGCAACGUAAAUCGUUAGAAGUCGAGGAAUUUCCAGGCAUAGUAGUAUAUCCAGAAAAUUGCGUAACAGACAAAGAAGUUGAAUGUAUAUAUCGUGUAGCAUCAAACGAAAUACUAGAAAGCGAAGAUACAAGCCGUGUUUCUACACCAACUUCUAUAAGCAUUCCACAACAAGAGAGUCAGACGGUACCAAACGUAACACAAGUCUCUGCUAAUGAUAACAUUCAAUUUCAAGAUAUAUCACAUUCCGAGAAUAAAUCAGUAGAUCGGCUCGACAACUUAUUAACAUCCGAAACCGAAGAUAUAUCACAUUCCGAGAAUAAAUCAGUAGAUCUGCUCGACAACUUAUUAACAUCUGACAUUAAAGAGAUUAUACAAGCAUCUUGUGUCGAUACCGAGAGUUCCAGCAAGUCUUUUGACCAAAUAACUUAUUACAGUACAAAGGAUAGUAAAGCGAUACCAUCCAAAAGUAAUUUCAAAAAAUCCAUGGAGGAAGUGACAGCAAAAUUAUCGGCUAAAAUUUUAAAACCACCAAAUGUUUUAAUAUUUGCAGAUAGUAGUAUUGCACUUAAUAACGUGAAGGACGUAUUGGAGAAGUCUCUCGGCACAGAUAAAUAUGCCAUUUAUGCAUUAUCCUUAGAAGAGGCACGUAAUGGCUCGUGGAUAGAACAAGCAGCUUUGGUUGUAGUCUGUGGAAAUGUCGGUAAUGAGGUUGGAAAUCAAAUAGUUGAAUAUAUUCUUCACGGUGGUAAACUUCUCGCUUUAUGUUCCGACGUACUUCACAUUUUACUUCCGUCGUUUAAAACCGCGGAAGUACGCGAGAACGAGCUCGUUCAUUUCUCAUAUGGAAAAUGGAAACACGUACGCAUGAUGCAUCAUAUCUUCUGUUAUCAAGCGUCUCCUAUAAGAACGAGAUUCUCUCAGGAUCACGAAGACGUAAAAGUAUCUAGUCUCCCUCCCCCGACGUCAGCGAACGUGAAAGAUAAAAGGGGAAAUUCGCAUUCGUUUAACGUGAAAGUGUUAGGGACGGAAGAAACAUGGCACACGCCGAGCAUUUUGCUCGCGAGCCUUACGGAAAAUGGCGGUAAAAUUGUUUUCUCCCAAAUACACCUGGAAGUGGACCCGAUGCAGUACGAACUCGAGGAGAGUAAAUUUAAAGCUCUGAAAGAAAGCAACGCUGCCAGAAUAGAGAUACUUAAUGAUUUAUUAAAUGUUCAUCUCGGUAUAGAAAUUCAGCAUACUUCGCGAACACCUAUAACUUAUACGCCAGCUUUCUUCUUGGGGCAUCACGAAUUGAAGCAGGAAAUGUUAGAAAAAUUAAAAGAUGUUAUGCAAUCGAACGAUAUUUUAAAGCUUCCAAAUAUAGAAAUACAAUUCUGUCGAAGUAGUGCAACUGCACGUUCAGCCUCCGCUACGUUGCUUCCAAUAAUGCUACAUCAGUGUCCCGAUAAUUUUUCGACGAUCGAGUAUUUCGAGAACUUGACUUCGAAGCAAUUCGGCCGUUUAGUGAUAUAUGCGGAUGUAAUGACAUCAACGAUGGACAUCUUAAAUGGAUACCAAUUGCAGCAUGGUUUGGCUGUUAUUGCUCGACAACAAACUCAAGGUCGAGGGCGAAGUAAGAACAAAUGGCUCAGUCCAAAGGGAUGUGCGAUGUUUAGUUUACAAAUUCACGUGCCGACGAAUACGAUACUUGGAAAGUGUAUCUCGAUUUUGCAAAAUUUGGUUCCUGUUGCGAUUAUAUCUGCCAUUAAAUCUCUACCUGGAUAUGAGGAUAUUGAUCUCAGAUUAAAAUGGCCUAAUGAUAUUUAUGCCGGUGAUAAAAUUAAAAUUGGUGGAGUAGUGAUAUCCACCCAAAUAAUGUCAGAUAUUAAUAUAUGUAAUGUUGGAGUUGGAAUAAAUUUAUUCAACGAGGAGCCUACGUGUUGUAUUAACGACAUAAUUAAAAUGUUUAAUAAAGUUUAUCAUAAAGAGUUGAAAAUAAUCUCGUACGAACAAUAUUUUGCCAUUGUAUUUAAUGAGAUUGAGAGAUGGUUAAAUAUUAUGCAAAGUGGACGUAAAGAUAUUUUCUUGGAUGCUUAUUAUACGUAUUGGAUGCACUCUGACGAGAACGUGACAAUAUUAUCAUCAUCAGGUACGUCGAAAAAAGUUAAAAUUCUAGGUAUCGAUGAACACGGAUAUUUACGCGUCCGCGACGAGGACGGGGAUAUAUUCAGUGUACAUUCGGACGGUAACACUUUUGAUAUUUUCAAAGGUCUCAUAGUUCCAAAAUAA